GCAUAAAGACUUCCGCGCCCUCCCCCUGAAGCGCGCGUCCGCCGGCGUCGGCAUGUGGACCUCAAGCCGCACCGGACCUCUCGCCGCUGCCCUGCGGUCCUUCCAGAACCGAAACAGAAACUCUGCGUUGCGUUUUUGCGUCGCCUUUCCCUUGGGGACGAUUUGUCUGUUCUGUGUCUGAGGAGGAGGUCCUGACGCGCGCUGUGUGGACACUGGAAGUACGCGCACGACUUGGCAGCAACUCACGCGGCCUGUGGGGAUUUGAUUCUUUAUUCCACAAAAAAAAAUCCGACGGUUCACAAUUAUUUUUUUCCGCCAGAUUUGACGCGGGGGGGAUUUCCGCGGACAAGCCGCCCUAUCAUGUGGAUGAUUUAAUGGACAGUUGAUAUGAUGGGGGAGCCUGCAGCCCGCAGACCCUCUCAAAGUACCUGUGGAAGGCAUUAGUUUCACGCGUGACGUUUUAUAACCACGAUGUGUGCUCCCUAAACUACAAGACUGCCCUUUUUUUGGUUUCCUUCUCAAAAUAUUUUUUUUUGCUCCAUGAUCCAGCAUCUUUAACCCACGGAUCUCUUCCUGCACCCACACACGUCCACUAUGUGCAACAUUCCCACGUUGCUCAAUGUGUUGCUACGUGGACUCGUCAUCUAUGCGGUACUGGGCUUCGUGGGCAGCUCGGCGGAGACUGGGAAUGCAGCCAUCCCAGACCCCUGCCUCAUUGUCAUACCCCCGUGCAUUAGCGAGGCCGAUCGCUUCAGUCUGGUUUCUCUGCGCCACAUCCACAAGCAACUGGAUGACGACAACGACGGCGGCAUCGAGGUGAACGAGAGUGUAGAGUUUAUAAUAGAAGACAUGAAACAGCAUCAGACCAACAAGCACAGCAACCUGCAUCAUGAGGACCAGCACAUAACUGUGGAGGAGCUUUGGAAGGGCUGGAAGACCUCUGAAGUCCACAAUUGGACCAUGGAGGACACGGUGCAGUGGCUGAAAGAAUCAGUAGAACUUCCCCAGUACGAGAAGAACUUCCGGGACUUCCACGUUACGGGCAACACGUUGCCACGAAUUGCUGCAAAUGAACCAUCCUUCAUGUCCAUGCAGCUAAAAAUUUUAGACCAGCGACAUAAACAAAAACUCAACCUGAAGGCACUCGAUGCCGUUCUUUUCGGCCCCCCGCUUCGCCUUCAUUACAACUGGAUAAAAGACUUAAUCCUCAUGGUCUCCAUAGUGAUCGGGGUGGGGGGCUGCUGGUUUGCCUAUGUGCAGAACAAGUCCAGCAAAGUGCACAUCUCCCAAAUGAUAAAGGACCUGGACAGCUUGCAACAUGCCGAGCAAAGCCUCCUUGACCUGCAGGAUCGUUUGGAAAAGGCUCAGGAAGAAAAUCGCAACGUGAUUGUGGAAAAGCAGAAUCUGGAACAGAAGAUGAGGAAUGAGAUCACUGGUGCCAAAAAGGAAGCUCACAGACUACGGGAACUGCGACAGGGUGCUGAAUCUGAGCUGAGCCGGCUCAAAUAUGCCGAAGAAGAGCUUGUGCAGGUACGAAAGGCCCUGAAGCGAGCCGAGAAGGAGAUGCAAUCAGAGCACUCGCUGCCAGAAGCGCUGCAGAAGUGGCUACAGCUCACGCAUGAGGUGGAGGUUCAGUACUACAACAUCAAAAAGCAGAGUGCAGAGUUUCAGCUGUAUGUCGCCAAGGACGAGGCAGAGAAAAUUAAGAAAAAGAGAAGUUCCGUCUUUGGGAUUCUUCAUGUAGCACAUAGCUCUUCACUGGACGAGGUGGACCACAAGAUACUUGAGGCUAAGAAGUCGUUGUCUGAGGUGACGGCGUGCCUGAGGGAGCGUCUGCACCGCUGGCAGCAGAUCGAGAGGCUCUGUGGCUUCCCUGUCGUCAACAACUCGGGGCUGCCAAAUCUUACAGCCAGUCUCUACUCCGACCACAGCUGGGUGGUGAUGCCGCGCGUUUCCGUCCCCCCAUACCCAAUUGCCGGUGGGGUGGACGACCUGGAUGAGGACACGCCCCCCAUCAUUCCACAGUUCACAACCACGUUAAUGCCCAGCAUGUGCCGCUCCCGCCACGGCCCUCUAAGCCCGCCACCAUCCACACAGAUGUCACCCGACCCCGACCUGCUGUCUAUGGCCAGCCCGUCCCCCAGCUAUCACCUUGAAGCAGAUGACGAACAUGUCGGCAGGAGGGGGGAUGCCACCCAGGAGGGCAGCUGCGACACAGACUCCUUAAACUCACUGAAGGGCCGAAAACCGCUGCACAAGACCUCAGAGACUCUUUACCGCAAGAUCUCCCGCGAAGAGAUGCGGCUGUUCAACCAGAGCCAAGAGUUCCCCGCCUCCAUCACCAGCAACAGAAGGGACUCUGCCACCCCUUCUCUGCCCCCCACACUAGCCACCACCCCCACAGGCCCGCCGUCAACCUCGCCCUCACCGGCCUUGGAUCAUCACAUGUUUGCACACAGAGGCUCGCCAGACCUCACCCGCGUCUCUCCGGAGAGCCAACGAGUCCGCCAGGGGGGCUCCCCGACGGGGAAGGGCAUAUACAACGGCAUCCUGGAGAAGUCGUACAGCUUCGGCCAGCUGCCCGCAAACAUGCUGCCCGUCGUAAGCCGCUACCCGUCCCUCACCUCCCUGGACUCGGAGGGCCGGAGCCUGGGACGUCAUCACAAGUUCCCGAGCACCUCCUCACAAGACUCCAGCGACAAUGGAGAGAAACUCAAGCGCUCCUCCUCUAAAAUCAAAAGCUUAUUUAAGAAGAAGAAAUAAAUAGAUAGCGUGUGUGAGAGCGAUAGAAUAUAUUCUAAUAAAACAAGGACAUCAGUGAAACUAUCGUUAAAAAAAAAAGAAGCUCUCUUUCUCAUCAACAACGGAAUGUAGCCCAGUCUGGUUGGCCCAGAAUGGUCGCCUUAUUUUUCACUAAUGCCUUUUUUUUGUUUAGUUCACUAAGAGGUCAACAUUUUUUUUAUUUUUUUAUUGUGACCUCACUUUAUGGAGGUGUUUAUUUAUUUCCAAGCACAUGCAUGCAACGCUUUCUGUUGCAGCACACUCCUUGAUGCAUCAGAUCAUUAGUGCACACUUGAUUUAUUCACCUUGGUGAAAAAGAAGUCUGUUGCAUUAUAUCUUGGGGAAGAGUUGAAGGUCACCCAAGCAGCAGCAUGGAGGCACCGGAGCCAAAAGGAUGUGCCGCCACUUUAAUGCUGCCGUUCAUGUUAAUAUAUACCUGUAUAUAGACAAUGUUUUCUUAGUAUACGAUUUGUUUAUAGGUUUAUUGGCAACAGGGCCGGGGGGAGGGGGGAGCUUCAAACUCUUUCGCCAAUUACUUGAUUCCCUGCAUCCUGUAGCCAAGCAAACUUACAGUACGUCACAUAAGUAAGUACAUUUCUACAAAUAUUUUUUUUUUUUCACGGGACAACACUUAAGAAAUUACAUUUCGAUACAAUGUAAAGUAGCCGGUGUACAGCAGGAGUAUUCAACUUGUGGUCCGGGAACACCAUACCGGCCCGCGGGUUGAGUUAAAAAACUUGUGAGACUAACAUUUUUGAAACAGAUUUCUGAAAACACUUCAGUGCUGUCACAUAGAUGAUCUUUUUUUUUUUUUUUUUUUUUUUUGCAGUUGCUCCCUAAACACAGCAAAGCACUCUCGUGUGCACUGUAAAAAUGACUGGCAGCUCAGGCGGCUGACAUUUACAGUGAAAAUAACAGUUUUGCAGAUUUUUUGAAUCCAUAUGCCAGUUUUUUAUUUUUAUUUUACUGUAGAAUUUACAUAUCUUAUUACACUGAAUAAGUCGAAAAACAGUAUCACUGUUAUUUUAAUGGUACAAUUUUGGCAACUGAACUGCCAGUUUUUACAGUCAUUGUUUUUACAGUGCAUUACUGUGAAUGGGGAAACAAGUACCACAGUAUUUUUUUUUUUUGACUGUUAACUGUACAGAUUGCUUUAUACUCUAGACCAGUGGUUCUCAAAUGGGGGUACUUGAAGGUAUGCCAAGGGGUACGUGAGAUUUAAAAAAAAAUAUUCUACAAAUAGCAACAAUUCAAAAAUCCUUUAUAAAUAUAUUUAUUGAAUAAUACUUCAACAAAAUAUAAAUGUAAGUUCAUCAACUGUGAAAAAAAAUACAACAAUGCUAUAUUCAGUGUUGACAGCUAGAUAUUUUGUGGACAUGUUCCAUAAAUAUUGAUGUUAAAGAUUUCCUUUUUUGGUGAAGAAAUGUUUAGAAUGAAGUUUAUGAAUCCAGAUGAAUCUCUAUUACAAUCCCCAAAGAGGGCACUUUAAGUUGAUGAUUACUUCUAUGUGUAGAAAUAUUUAUUUAUAAUUGAAUCACUUGUUCAUUUUUCAACAAGUUUUUAGAUAUUUUUAUAUAUUUUUGUCCAAAUACAAAAAUAAAAAGAAAGACCACUACAAAUGAGCAAUAUUUUGCACUGUUAUACAAUUUAAUAAAUCAGAAACUGAUGACAUAGUGCUGUAUUUUACUUCUAUAUCUCUUUUUUUCAACCAAAAAUGCUUUGCUGUGAUUAGGGUGUGCUUGAAUUAAAAACAUUUCCACAGGAGGUACAUCACUGAAAAAAGGUUGAGAACCACUGCUCUAGACAAGGGCAUUUUACCCGCAAAAUCUGUAGCGUUGACAAAAUUAAAAGACAAUAAUUCAUAUGUCCACUGUUGAGGAUGAUGGUUUUCAGUAAUACGCACAAUAAGACUAAUAGUACAGAGCUUUCUGGAAAUGUGGCCCGCAAAAAAACAUUUAGUUGACUCAUACAACAGAGCACUGUCCCCAUAAAAUGACACACCGCCUUGAAGGUCUAAACUGCUGGCAACAAAGUCAGCAUACCUCUAAGAAAAAUUUGUGCCUUACAGUCGUCCCUCACAACAUUGCAGAAGUUUGUUUUAAGCAUAUUCUACGACGUAAAUUAAGCAUUGCAUUUUCAAGCAUAAUAAUUGGCUAAAUGAACAAAAAAUAUCAAUAAUGGCCAAAAGAUGAGACCAAAACAAUCAAAGCACGCUGUGCAGUAUAGUCGCCACUGAUUGGCUCAGCCUUAGACAACAUUAAAAGAUGACUAAAUUACAGAAUUUCUAGGCGCAGUCAAGGCGUUGAGGAGUUCCGGUUUGGUGGCCGUGGGAUUAGGUCUCUGUUUUUUGCAGAUAAUGUGGUCCUGAUGGUUUCAUCUGGCCGGGAUCUUCAGCUUUCACUGGAUCGGUUCGCAGCCGAGUGUGAAGCGACCGGAAUAAGAAUCAGCACCUCCAAGUCCGAGUCCAUGGUUCUCUCCCGGAUAAGGGUGGAGUGCCAUCUCCGGGUUGGGGAGGAGACCCUGCCCCAAGUGGAGGAGUUCAAGUACCUAGGAGUCUUGUUCACGAGUGAGGGAAGAGUGCAUCGUGAGAUCGACAGGCGGAUCGGUGCAGCAUCUUCAGUAAUGCGGACGUUGUACCAAUCCGUUGUGGUGAAGAAGGCGCUGAGCCGGAAGGCAAAGCUCUCAAUUUACCGGUCGAUCUACGUUCCCAUCCUCACCUAUGGUCAUGAGCUUUGGGUCAUGACCGAAAGGAUAAGAUCACAUGUACAAGCGGCUGGAAAGAGUUUCCUCUGCCGGGUGGCGGGGCUCUACCUUAGAGAUAGGGUGAGAAGCUCUGCCAUCCAAGAGGAACUCAAAGUAAAGCCGCUGCUCCUCCACUUCGAGAGGAGCCAGAUGAGGUGGCUCGGGCAUCUGGUCAGGAUGCCACCCGAACGCCUCCUGGUAAGAGGCCACGGGGAAGACCCAGGACACGUUAGGAAGACUAUCUCUCCCGGCUGGCCUGGGAACGCCUCGGGAUCCCCCGGGAAAAGCUAGACGAAGUGGCUGGAGAGAGGGAAGUCUGGGCUUCCCUGCUUAGGCUGCUGCCCCCGCGACCCGACCUCGGAUAAACGGAAGAUGAUGGAUGGAUAAAUGGUGUUUUUUCAUGUAUAAUAUUAAAAUCCAAUUUAGAAGGUAGUUAACAUGUUUUUUUAAUGCUCUAGCUGUGAAAAUAUAUACAUAUUUAUAUUAUUUAUGAUUUUUACUUGGCGGAAGUGUUAUUGCAGUCUGUCCGGAACUAACUAACAGCAAUAAACAAGGAAUUACUGCA